AUGGCUGUUUCUAAUGCCUUUGUCCUUAGCCAAACCUCGUUAUUGAAACACCAUCAUAAUCCUUCUCUGACAACGAUACGGAUUCAUGCUUUUCCAAUGAACAACAAGACAACACGAGGUCUGAUCCGUUGCGACCUUUCUUCCUCCUCCCCCACCGUCUCGGCUCUGCAACAGCUUAAGAAGUCUCCCAUUGACAGAUACACAAAGGAGAGAAGCAGCAUCGUUGUGAUUGGACUCAGCAUCCACACUGCUCCUUUAGAGAUGCGUGAGAAGUUAGCCAUUCCUCUCGCUGAAUUGCCUCAUGCUGUCUCUGAGUUGCGUGGUUUGAAUCAUAUUGAGGAAGCUGCUGUUCUAAGUACUUGUAACCGUAUGGAGAUUUAUGUCUUGGCUCUUUCUCAGCACCGUGGUGUCAGAGAAGUCACUCAUUGGAUGUCUAAGAGAAGUGGAAUCCCAGUUUCCGAGAUAUGUCAGCACUGGUUUCUCCUGUACAACAAUGACGCCACGCAACAUCUCUUUGAAGUCUCAGCUGGUCUGGAUUCUCUUGUACUAGGAGAAGGCCAGAUACUCUCACAGGUCAAACAAGUUAGAGAAAAAUUACGCAGUGGGUUUGGUAUGGUUAUCCCUGGGCUGUUUGAUAAGGCUAUCACUGCUGGGAAGCUUGUUAGAACAGAGACAUGUAUCGCCUCUGGUGCUGUUUCCGUUAGCUCAGCUGCUGUCGAGCUUGCUCUCACCAAGCUUCUUCCAACAAAAUCAGCAUCCUCUGCUGUGAUGUUGGUUGUUGGUGCAGGAAAGAUGGGGAAGCUUGUGAUCAAGCAUUUGGUUGCUAAAGGUUGCAGUAAGAUGGUUGUUGUGAACAGAAGUAAAGAGAGAGUUGAAGCUAUCCAAGAGGAGAUGAUGCCACUUGGCGUUGAGAUUGUUUAUAAACCUUUUGAUGAGAUGCUAGCUUGUGCUGGAGAAGCUAAUGUGAUUUUCACUAGCACAGCAUCUGAGACACCGUUGUUCUUGAAGGAACAUGUUAAAACUCUCCCUCUUAUGGAUGAUGCGAGGCUCUUUGUUGAUAUUUCUGUUCCUAGAAAUGUUGGAUCUUGUGUUGAUGAACUAGACAGUGCAAGGGUUUACAACGUUGAUGACCUUCAAGAAGUUGUUGCUGCGAAUAAAGAAGACAGGGCGAGGAAAGCAAUGGAAGCUCAUGAUAUAAUAGAUGAUGAGUCUAAGAAGUUUGAAGCGUGGAGGGACUCGCUGCAGACGGUUCCAACGAUCAAGAAGUUGAGAAGAAAAACAGAGAGAAUCAGAGCUGCUUCGGUUGAGAAGUUCAUGUCGAGAUAUGGUAAAGACAUGGAUAAGAAGACGCGGGAAGCAGUGGAUGAUCUGACGCGAGGUAUGCUGAACAAGAUCCUGCACGGUCCAAUGAAACAUUUGAGAUGCGAUGACGGUGAGAACAGAGAGCUGCCUGAGACGCUAGAGAACAUGGAGGCUCUCAACAGAAUGUUUGAACUCGAGCUAGAGUUACUUGAGGAGAAGAUCAGAGCAAAGAUGGAACAAAAAUAG